AUGGAAAAACAAAAACGUAAAGCUCUAACCUUAAAGGACAAGUAUGAUAUUAUACAAAAAAUACAAAGUGGUGUUAAACAACGCGAUGUUAGCCAGGAAAUGAACUUGAUAAAAUCCACUGUUUCUAUGAUAUGGAAGCAAAGAGAAGCCAUUUUAUCAGCGUAUGGUCAGGGAAAUUCUACGUGUAAAAAAAUGAGAAAAUCAAAGCACCAUGAAAUGGAUCAAGGGCUUCUUAAGUGGUUUACACAAAAAAGACAAGAAAACGUUCCUGUAAGUGGUAUUAUUCUACAAGAAAAAGCUAAUGAAAUGGGUAGUAAAAUCGAAAACAAAGACUUCAAGUGUUCUAAAAGUUGGAUUGAACGUUUUAAAAGAAGACAUAAUAUCCGAACAGGAAAAAUUGUGGGUGAGUCUGCAGCAGUAGAUUUGAAUGUUGUUAAUGACUGGUUAACUAAUGUUUGGCCUCAUAUUCGGAAAAACUAUGACAGUGAAGACAUUUUUAACGCUGAUGAGACAGGGCUCUUUUAUCAAAUGACUCCUGAUAAGACUUUAAAAUUUGUGGGAGAAAGUUGUGCUGGAGGAAAGUUAUCUAAAUUGAGGAUUACAGUUUUAGUAGCUGCCAAUAUGUCUGGAACAGAAAAAAGGAAAUUGUUGGUUAUAGGCAAAUCUGCCAAUCCUAGAUGUUUCAAAAAUAAACAAUUGCCCGUAAAAUACAAAUCAAACCGUAACGCGUGGAUGACCUCUGAAAUUUUCACAAAUGAACUGCUUGAAUGGGAUGAACAAUUAAAACAAAAAAAUAGGAAAAUUGUACUUUUAGUUGAUAACUGUACAGCUCACCCUGAGAUUAAACUAAACCAAAUUAAAUUAGUUUUUAUGCCACCGAAUACGAGUUCAAAAUUACAACCGAUGGAUCAAGGUGUAAUUCAUUCAUUAAAGAGCCAUUAUAGGAAAAUUUUACUCGCGCAGAUGAUAGAGGCUAUGGACAACGGAAAAACAUUUUCAGUUAGCAUUUUAGAUGCUGUAAAUUUUAUUCACAUGGCUUGGCAAAAGGUUAGCAAAGAUACAAUAGCAAACUGUUUCAAGCAUGGAGGAUUUUCUGAAAAAAGUGCUGAAUUUGAUGCAGACGAUGAGCUUCCCCUAACAGAAUGGUUAAAAAAACAUGAAGAUGAUCCUGGACUUAUUUUCACAGAUGUGGAUAAUGCAAUUGAAAUUGCAGUGCAAGAGAAAAUCGGGGAAUUUAAUUUUGAAGAAUAUGUGGAAAUUGAUAACGACAUAACGGUAACAGAAAGACUAACUGACGAGCAGAUUAUAGAAUCAGUGACAUCAGUCAUGGCAACAAGUGACGAGGCCGAGGGUGAGGAAAAUGAGUCUGAUGAAGAUGUUGAUGUUUAUGUUCCUUCUCUUAAUGAAAUGGCGCAAAAAAUGGCAGAGACUCGCAACUUUUUAGAAUCGCGCACUGUUCCGGAGCCUAUAUGGAACAGCUUUUGCAACCUCGAACGCUAUAUUAGUGACAUUCACUUUUCUAAUAGAUAUAGAUGUUACUGCAGAUUUAGUAAGGUUAACGCAAGUGCAUCCUCAGGGGAAAGCCCGGCUUGGCGUAUUAUCUUCGGCAGCGCACUAACCUGUUUGAAGCCGCCCCCGAAACGUGAGUGGCGGCGUAAAGUGGCUGCGCCGCGUCCACAGUGCUUUUACAACCAACUCCAGCCGCCGGAACCUGGAUUAACCACCAGCACAGUUACCAAGUCGAGCUUGACCGGAAAUGAUGAUCACCGAUCACAUUUCUGCUCCAGCGCCAGGAUAUCGUAA